ACCUGUACGUGUUUGCAGCGAUCAAACGCUGCUGUAUAGUUUUUUCUCCUGCUACGUUUUUUAUAUAAACAAAUCUUAAUGUUUACCCCGAGACUCGUUCUGAAUUCUAAUUAAAGUUAACGAAUUUUCCAACAAUAAAGAGAGUGACGAGUCAUGAUGGACCUGCUGUUCGCGCCGGGCGACCGUAUCCUUGACAUCUGAAUCUGCAGGAGUCUGAGAGUGGGAACAUAAUAUUAAGUAAGAGUAGCUCAGAUUGCGAAAUUGUUUUGCGGUGUCUGUGUGUUACCGGUCUAGGAGUUCGGUAUGAUUGGAACAACUAUAGCAAAGGCUGUGAUAUUCCUCGUACUAGCCCUUGCCCUGACAUCUGUCUCGGGCAGUCCGACCUUGUUCAAGAAAUUUGGAGGUUACGGAGGUGGCUACGGUGGAGGCUACGGUGGAGGUUACGGAGGAGGUUACGGAGGGGGAUAUAGCGGAGGUCAUGGUGGAGGAUACUAUUCAAGGCCGGCUACUGUGAUAGUGGUCAAAAAGGUGUAUAGCAGCGGAUAUGGAGGAGGACACUCGGGAGGUUACGGAGGACAUUACGGAGGCGGUCAUGGAGGAGGUUUAGGUUAUGGACGUGGUGGGGGUUACGGAGGUGGGGGCGGAGGAGGAGGUGGCGGUGGAGGUGGCGGAGGAGGUGGAGGCGGAUUUGGAGGAGGCUUUGGUUUUGGAGGUGGAUAUGGCGGAGGCUGGGGAAAAUAAUAUAUGUACUUUAGUAUGUAAGAAGAAAUUU